CAUUUAUCACAGAUUAAAUAUUUAAUCUAUGCAUUUACCAAUUAUUUUUUCAACUCAAUUUCAAUAUUUUAAUCUUUGAAUAUUUGAAACGGAGGUAGGCGAGAAUUAAACAAACGUCAAAUUUCUGGUCACAUCUAAUCAUCAUUAACUUGAACUUUUAACCUUUUCUUUUAUCAGAACGUCAACUUUUGAAAAUGGAUUGAAGCUGUCUUUAAGAAAUGUUCCAUUUUCUGGAAUUAAUGUUUGAAAAUAAGAUGAGCGAUGCAAAGAAACUCUACGAAUCCCUGAGUUUAGUUGGCUCUUUCACUCUUGCAAUUUCAUUGCCAUGGAUUAUACUUCGAGUUUUCAGAGCUUUAUAUUUACAGAAAGGCUACAAUGAACUAUUUGGAAAGGUUGUGGUUAUUACGGGAGCAAGUUCAGGUAUUGGAGAGGCGCUUGCUCAUGAAUUCUACAAGCAUGGCUGCCAGGUGGUAUUGUGUGCCAGAAGAAGACAGGAAUUGGAGAGAGUAAGAAAUGACUUACUACAUUCCCACUGUACUCUACAAACCCAUCCGCCGAUAAUCAUUCCUUUAGAUCUUAGCGAUGUUGAUAGUUUGACGGAUAAUGUCAAAAAAAUUUUAUCUAUCACCAAGAAGAUAGAUAUCUUAGUUAACAAUGGUGGUAUUUCACACAGAGGUAGAGCUCUUACUACAGAUCCUGAUGUAGAUAUGAAAAUUAUGCAGGUGAAUUAUUUUGGAUCGGUGGCUCUAACAAAAGCCGUUUUGCCUGGUAUGAUUGCAAGAAAAUCUGGUCACAUUGUGGUCGUCAGUUCUAUACAAGGUUUAGUAGCCUUGCCCGAUCGAUCUGCCUACAGCGCUUCUAAACAUGCAUUACAAGCUUUUAGCGAUAGUUUGAGAGCUGAAAUAGCAGCAGAUAAUGUAUCUGUUACAGUGGCAAGUCCGGGAUAUGUCAAAACUCAGUUAUCAAUGAAUGCUCUGACUGGUUCAGGGAGUUCCUACGGUCAGAUGGACAGUACCACAGAAAAUGGAUUUAGUGCCGACUAUGUAGCAGCUCAGAUUGUUAAGGCCAUCGUGGAAAAGAAAAAAGAAGUGGUGAUAUCAACGAUUCUGCCCAAGUUGGCAAUAUUUUUGAGGAAAUAUUUGCCAUCCCUCUAUUUUUUUGUUAUGGUUAGAAGGGCUAAAAAUUCAAGCUUGAUUAAAUGAACAGAUCCAUCACAGCUGGUACAAAAUUCAGUAAUAAUAAACUCAUCAGAAAGUUCGUUCUACUUGAUAUAUUUUGUAAAAUCCCCCAAUUUGUGUUUUGAAAACAGUAUUAGUAUUAUACGAAGCAAAAGUACUCAAAUCAUCUUUCAAUGAAAUUCUGGACUCGUGACAUCUCUAGUUUCCAUGCAAAGUUUAUUCAGUAAACAGACCAUCACCAUUCA